AUGGCUGGCGUUAAUCAAGAGGGCGCAUCUGCUCUUGAGAAGCUGGCCACCUCCACUUGCCUUAAGACUUCUGUCUGUGGCCUGUAUGUCCCAGGCAAUUUUCUUCACUCUUUCGCUGCAGCACGUGCAGGCAUCCAUGCUGCUGAGGUAGCACCGCAGCUGCGGCUACUCGUGCAGCAAGAGGAAGUCUAUUCACAUACAUGCUUGCCACUAGAAACAAUUCUAGGUGCUGAAGCAGCUCUUGCAGUAGCUGCAUAUCGGGGCUUUGCCGCACGAGCGGCAAUUGAUUCGAAAGCAACAAAAAUUCCGCCCGUAGCCCCACUAUGCACGCUCUGGUUACUUCUGCGGCUGCCAGGAGGCAAGGGUGGUUUUGGCGCCCUGUUGAAGAAGCAGGGGAGGAAGAAAAGGGCUAAUUUCUCCAUUGAUGCAUGCAGAGAUCUAACCGGAAGGAGGAUCAGGCAAGCCCAAGUAGUGACGCGCAUCAAAGAGUGGAUGGAGAAGAAGCGAAAGGAAGAUGCACUAGUAGCUGCACUGACGCAAGGCGUUCAAGAGAAGGUACCGGAGGCCAAGCCAACUGUCGCUCUAGAUGAUGCAUUUCUCUCCGAGCAAUUGGCCCAGGUAUCCGAGAUGACAUCCGUGGUUGCUCGUGGCUUCAAACAGCAAACUCAAUUGAGGAGCAAAUUGGAAGAGGAACAGCGGAAUCGGGCCGUGGCACCACAGAACCGGGCGCUGUUCUCUCAGCUGCGUGACGCUGUCGAGCUCGACGGUGAGGAUGAAGAGUGGUCCGAAACAGAUGCAGACGAAGUGCGCGAAGUAGUCGAGCAGGCCAGUAGCACCAGCUGCAGCAGGAGCUCAUCGUCCGAUAGUUCCAGCCGUGUGGCGUCUAGAGCCAGUGCAAAUUGUGGCGUGAGCAGCAAUCGUGCGCAAAGAUGCGCAUCUGCCACUAGCAGCAAGAAUGCUUCGUCAAGCUCCUCAGAUGCCAGUAGAUCUAUGCAGGGCCCUGUGAGAGACAACAACCCAGAGAAGUCUGUAGCCGAUAGUCCCAAAGUUGAUCCAGCAGCGGCAGCACUCAUGCAACAGCUAGAGCAAAUGCGCCUGAAGGCCUCAGCUGAACGGGAGAAAGCGCUUCAAAGAGAGGCAGAAGCUGCUGCUGAAGCAGCUCGAGCAGCAGCUCUGGCGGAGAAAGCAGCAGCGGAGGCAGCUGAGAAAGUAGCUAGAGAGGCGCAGCAGUUGGAUGUAAGCCGUUUCAACACCGCCGAGGAGCUUGCGAAGGCAGUAGAUGCUGCAGUUGUGAAGGAGAAGCUGAGGCAACUGGGGUGGAAAUGUGGCGGGAGACCCGAGGAAAGGGCAGCUCGUCUUCUUCAGCUGAAAACGGUGGAUCUCUCGAACGUUCCCAAAGCGUUGCUCGCAAGGCCGCCUUCAAGAACAGCCUGA